GUGGGUUCUGAAAGGGAGGCAAAUCUCCGUGGUGGAGGAAGCAAAACACUCGUUGAAGAAGAAAUUACCUAAAAUUGAGUGAGUGAGCUCAACCCAUCGAGUUCGAAGAUGGACUUGGAUCGACCAAACAUAGAGGAAUAUUUACCUUCAGAAGCCAUUCAAGAGUCUAACGAGAAGCUUCACUUGCGUGAUUUGCUCGACAUUUCGCCUACUCUAACCGAGGCUGCUGGUGCCAUUGUUGAUGAUUCUUUCACUCGUUGUUUCAAGUCAAAUCCGUCAGAACCUUGGAAUUGGAAUGUAUAUUUAUUUCCACUUUGGUGCUUUGGAGUGGUGGUAAGAUAUGGGAUUCUUUUUCCUGUUAGAGUUCUAGUGUUAACAAUUGGGUGGAUAAUAUUCCUUUCAUCCUUCAUUCCUGCACAUUUCCUAUUGAGAAGUCAUGAUAAGUGGAGGAAGAAGAUAGAGAGAUAUCUGGUGGAGUUAAUAUGCAGCUUCUUUGUUGCAUCAUGGACUGGGGUUGUCAAAUAUCAUGGGCCACGGCCAAGCAUGCGACCCAAGCAGGUUUUUGUGGCCAAUCAUACUUCCAUGAUAGAUUUUAUUGUUUUAGAACAGAUGACUGCAUUUGCUGUAAUUAUGCAGAAGCAUCCUGGAUGGGUUGGGCUUUUGCAAAGCACUAUUUUGGAGAGUGUAGGUUGUAUCUGGUUCAAUCGUGCAGAAGCAAAGGACCGUGAAAUUGUAGCAAGAAAGUUAAGAGACCACAUUCAAGGGGUUGACAACAAUCCUCUUCUUAUAUUUCCAGAAGGAACAUGUGUAAAUAACCACUAUACAGUCAUGUUCAAGAAGGGUGCAUUUGAACUUGGAUGCACUGUUUGUCCAAUAGCAAUCAAGUACAAUAAAAUUUUUGUUGAUGCCUUCUGGAAUAGUAAGAAGCAAUCUUUUACCAUGCACUUACUGCACCUUAUGACUUCAUGGGCUGUUGUUUGUGAUGUUUGGUAUUUGGAGCCGCAAAAUAUUAGACCUGGAGAGACACCCAUAGAAUUUGCAGAGAGGGUACGAGACAUAAUUUCUGUUCGAGCAGGUCUUAAAAAGGUUCCAUGGGAUGGAUAUUUGAAAUAUUCUCGUCCUAGCCCCAAACACAGAGAAAGAAAGCAACAAAGGUUUGUAGAGUCGGUAUUGCAGCGCUUGGAGAAAAAGGGAAAAUGAAAGACAUCUCGCAGCAAUUAAAAAAAAAAAAACUCCACGAUUAUUUUUUUCUUAUUGUCCUUAAAUAGUUUUUCGGAAUUUCAGAUGUUCAUUUCAUUCUUCGGAAGACUUAAUUGAUAUUCUUGUAUAAUUUAGGUGUACAUUGAAGUUAGGAUUCACAGAAUUUAUUAUUAUUAUUUUUUAUGACAGGCAAGGAUUCAGAAUUAUUAUGCCGUGUGGAAAUUAAACGGUGAUUCUCCCAUUAAGAAUCCCUUGUUUCCUAUUUUUUACACUUUUAAAAAAGAACAGGAUGCUUGAGGGUAACGGGAGUUUUGGCAAGAUAA